GGUAGUACGAGUCAAUAGCUGACAAAUAUGUAUUUCCAUAAUAAAACAUUAAAAGAACAUUAAUAAAAAUUAUUUUUAUUAUUUCAAUAAUAAAAAAUCUGGACCUACCAAGCACGGCCCAUGAACACCUUUCAGGAAUUAAAAAAAAAAAAAAUAGUGCCGCUGUUUUCUCUCGAGGAAAUUCCAUCCUCCUCUCCCCCUCUGCUCCUGACGUUCACAUCUUUAGCCUUUCAGCUUUCAAUUAAUUACCUCGCUUCGUUUACUAUAAGACUAGGAAGAAGCUUUACUCAAUCAAAGGUCAUAACUAUUUGUUGAAACUUAAGUAGCUGGUACAUUGAAAGAAUUUAAUGGCAGGCAAUGGCCUGCCAUCUCUGGGUCGUGUAAAGCUUACUGAUCUCAUACCCUCUGAAGGCCUUCCUUCUGACUCUUACAAGCUAUCAAUCUCUACUUUAUCACAAUCAUUUGCUCAAUAUUCUGUUGCCAUCAUUCAGUUUCCAGCUAGUGAUGGAGCUCUUUUGAGAUCUGGUUUAGAUUCUGCUCGCCUUUACUUCCAACAAAAGGAAGCAUACCCAUCUGCAGACCUGAUUCACACAAAUGAUUCUCAUGAGUGGUGCAAAACAUCUGGUUACUAUGCUGAUCCCCACCUAUGGCACGAAACGUAUGAUUACAGACCAGGCUUAACUCCUACAGAGCCCAGCAACGGAAUGGAGUUUCUUCCAGGUGCUUUACCUGACAUAUUUGGCUUGCUUGCUAAGGCAGCGCGAGUUAUACUGGAUGCGAUCAGCUAUUAUUUGAACUUGCGCAGCUCUCCCUUUACUGAAAUACUUGAUAAUGUUCCCUUAAGAAACCGGGAAAUAUCUUCUUCAGUGUUAUCUGUGUGCUGUCAUGCAAGGCCUUCCUUUCAGGGGGCACAACACCACAAUUUAACAACACAGGAUGAUGGCCAAUUGAUCAUGUUCCCUGACCAUGAGCACCAGGUUGAUAAAAGCUUAAUAUCUGUUGUAAAGUCAGAUAAGGCAGGAUUGCAUGUAAGAGAUUUUCAAGGUCGGUGGAUUCUUGUAGAUGGGGACCUUGGUCCUCAAGAAGCUGUUGUUUAUCCUGGACUUGCACUUUAUCAAGCGACUGCUGGUUAUGUCAAUCCUGCACUGCAUAGGACAGAGAUUAAUAAUAUGCCGGGUAACAUGUAUGGACGAUGCUCCUUGGCUUUCAAACUCAUGCCCAAAUCUAUGACCAGUCUCAGUUGCUCAGAGAUGAGAGCAGCUGGUCAUGGGGUUGAAGCUCAGUUCCAGCUUCCAGUACCAGUGGAUGACUUCAUGCAGAGAUCUCACCCAACAGAUCAGCUCUUUAAUAGAAACACUUUUCAGAAUUUCAAUUUCCCCACAGCCCAAGAUGGAUCUAUGAAGCCCUUGAUGAGAAGAAGGAAGAAUAAUACAAGAUGCAAACCUCUGCCUCCUUCCAAGAGAUUACGGCUUGAGGCACAAAGAGUGCUUAAGGAAAGGGUUCAGGAGAUUGCAGAUAAGAAGGGGAUCAAACUAAGGUUUUGUAGCCUAAAAGAGUGUGAGAAUCACAUUCAUGCUCCAGGUAGCCCUUGUGCCAAUAUUAGAAUGGAAAUUGGGUGGCCACAUGGAGUGCCGUUUGUUCAUCCCCAUGAUCUACCUAAUAAGGCAAAGAUUGGUUUUCUUGAAGCAUAUGAACCUGGUUGGACAGCAACUCAUGGUAUGGAAUUAAGCCUAAUGGAACCUGGACAGGCCAAUCAACACUCAGCAAACUGUAACUGAAUCACCUUGUAGUUUCCCAUGUGCACCUAUCCUCAAUUAGCUUGUUCCUGGUUGGUUUGCAAGAUCUCAAUUUGGUGUGUUUCUUGUCGGCAAGCAAAUGAAUAUUGUCUGCAAAAAUCAAUCUGCAGUUCCAACACGGCAUAAGCUGUUUUGCCUAAAUCCCUGCCCGUCGUUAACUGAACUGGAUUGCACUGUUCAAGUAUCAAACAAGACACAAGUCACCAUACAUGUCUGUAAACGAAUGAAUACAUGGUGUCUGUAAAUAGUUAGUUUUUAGGAAAAUUAACUCUUUGGUCUUGAGUUUCUUUCUUGGUCAUUUGUUUUUGGAUUCGUGAGUUCUCUCCAUGUUUCAGAUUUCAUUUUGUAGAGAAGAAAUGGACGAAUAACAGGGAUCAUCUCGGUUGAUGAUUUAAGGAAGGUUGCUGGUUCAGUGUGGCAGUUGAUGCAAUUUUUACAAAUAGAAAUCUACAUAGGUUAUGGAGCUUGUUAUCGUAUAACUAACCUACUAAAGUAUUGGUUGCUAGAAUUUAGGGAACAAAGGAACCAGUUAGCUAAUAUUUUGGUUGAGGGAUAUCUUUUUCUUUAGUUUUAAAUUUUUUAAAGGCCCAUGGUCUAGACUUUCUUCAAUGGUGUUUUUCCGUCGUCUUGACGAAAAUUCCAUUAUUUUCUGCCUUGGUUUCUAAUAUGUUUUGUAACAACUCUUGUGCUUGCCGGUCCAGUCAAUUGAUUCGCAGCCAUAAAUCAUAAUGUAAUUCCACUUCAACUUCAUGUUCUUCAACAAGUUUCUUUGUCCGCUAGGAUUGGUUACAUCUUCCUAUUUUGUAUGACGUCCACAUUGCGGGGCAGAUUAUAUAUUUAGCAAGGUAGAAAAAAUGCAAUAUGCAGGAGUUGGCACUUCCAACUUCGUGAACCCUUAAUCAUUUGUAUGCAUGUGGAAUUCAUGGUUUAUAUUUAUGGUGAUUAAUUGUGUAUUGAAAAGUAAUUGAAGAAACCUCAACCACCAAUUCACAGCAGAAUGAAGCAGCAAAUUGCUUGGGGAUUAAAAAAACAAAACUUCCAAUCACAAAUUACUCGAAGCUCCGUAAAUACAAAAAACUUUCAAUGCAUGAAACUCGACUUGGUUUGUUUGGCAUAUGAAGAAUGUUUGAUUAUAAAUUGCUUGCAUAACAACAUCAGGUUAAAUAUAGACGAGAAUUCACAUUGAAACAGAAAAGCCAGAUCCUCCUUCCUAACAUCCACUUGGUUCCCAUGUUCUAAAAACUUUA